AUGUCUUCGGAAGCCUCGGUUGCUGCUGCUGGUUCUGGUGCUGCCCCUGUCACGAUGAAGUCCCCAAUGGGGAUCGCCUAUAAGGCAUCAUACGCUAUAUUGGGACUUCUCUUUGUGGUCACCAACUUCGUUAUCAUACCGGUCAAUCCGCAGAUGCUACUGUAUACGGCUCCCAUCAUGUGCAUUGCAUGCCACCAAAGCCUCAAACUCAACAAUACAAAUGCUGAUGGUAAGAAGGAGGACAUGGAUUCGGUCUCACAGAAGGAUGCUAUGAUGUUCCCUGUUUUUGGCAGUAUAGCUUUACUCAGCUUGUAUUUAGCUUAUAAGUUGGUAUCCCCCUAUCUCAUGAAUCUACUCCUCACCGGCUAUCUUGGCAUGCUAGGUGUUGGUGCCUUGGCUGAGACCGUGAAGCCUCUCGUUGAUAGCUGCCUCUCUGAAGACCUCACUCACAACAGUAUUCCCAACACAACGUCUGCCUUCUUCCACAGAUUCCAUAUUCGCUUUACGAUGCCAACUUUACUUAUGAAGGUUUUUGCGGAGAAGCCAGACGAAGAUCCCAAUGUUGACAUUAAAUUCGGAUACUCUCACAUCCUCGUCUAUGGUGUGUCGGCGGUCCUUGGAGGCGUCUUUGCUUGGAACAAACAGUUCACCAUCCACAACAUGUUCGGUGUCUCCUUCUGCAUUCAAGCGAUCCGUCUCGUAUCCCUCCAUAAGUUCUCAGUAGCUUUCAUCCUCUUGGCGGGCCUCUUUGUCUAUGACAUCUUUUGGAAGACGACCUCCUCAUCCGACUGCGAUGGGACUUCUCUAAAUUUAGCCUAA